CCUUAUAUGGGCCCAAUUUCAGGAGGACUGAGAGAAGGCAUGGCCUUGUACUUGCAGGGAGUUGUUCCUGCUAAUGCUGACCGGUUUAGGAUAAAUUUUAAGACUGGGCCAACUGACAAGCAUGAAACUGCUUUCCACUUCAACCCCCGAAUGGGCUCAAAUGUGGUCAUGAACAGCUACAGGACUGGAAAAUGGGAAACUGAGGAACGUUUCUCCGACAACCCCUUUAAAAAGGGGGAAGAUUUUGAUAUGUUCUUUGUUGUCAAAUCUGAAGGAUAUCAGGUGCACGUGAAUGGCAAAGAGCUCUACACAUUCAAGCACCGUAUACCACUGGAAAAAGUAACAAUGCUAAAUAUCAAUGGAAAUGUUGUCGUGAACCUUUUUGGCUUGAUACAAAACUGGAGCAAAUCUUCAUUUGUUACUGCAGUCAAGUCAAGAACUGCAUAUCUGGGCAGCCCACAUGGAGAACUUUCCACCAUAAAGUCAGAGGUCUUACAGCCCGUUCAAAAUCCUACUCUUCCUUAUGUGGCCCCAAUUCCAGGAGGACUGAUAGAAGGCAUGGCCUUGUACUUACAGGGAGCUGUUCCCACUAAUGCUGACCGGUUUUCCAUAAAUUUCAAGACUGGGUCAACUGACAAGCACGACACUGCUUUCCACUUCAACCCUCGAAUGGGCUCGAAGGUGUUCAUGAACAGCUUCAGGAAUGGAAAAUGGGGAGCCGAGGAAAGUGUCUCUGACAACCCAUUUAAAAAGGGAGAAGCUUUCGAGAUGUUCUUUGUCGUCAAAUCUGAAGGAUAUCAGGUGCGUAUUAAAGGCAAACAGCACAGCAUGUUCAAGCACCGCAUCCCUCUGGAAAAAGUCACUACAAUCAACAUUUACGGAAAUGUCUCCAUCAGCUUCCUUGGUUUUGUCACGGGAAUGUGAAUAGGAGCAUUUCUGCGACUCACGUUAUAUUAAAGCGCUCUCAGAGAAUGAUGUGAAAGUCAUGCAUGUCCUCAACCUGAUAUUCACACAUCUACAUUUAUUCAUUUAGCAGACACUUUUAUCCAAAGCAACUUUUGCAACAGUUGAGACAUCAAGUAUAUCACUGAUUUAAAUCUAAUCCAGUACCACAAAUCAAGGUUACCGCUUUUAUGGCAACUAAAUAAAACAGCCUUCGUAAACCACACUGCUCUAUGUUUUGGGUCACAAUACAAACACAAAGGCUCUGUCAGCAUCCGGAUAUAUAGACAUCUGUAAUGCAUUUUAUAUUUAGAAUUCUUUUUUCUUUGAAACUUAAGCCAACUGAAAUGUAAUAGCAAUGUGAGGUGAUUUCUAGAGAGGCUGAUGGUUGUGUGACUCUUUUUGGCAAACUGUCCUAAAUGUAAACCUAACUAAAGCUUUUCAUUUCAUUUUUAAACAUUUAAAAUGUAUUUGUCCCAAAGGCAAAUAUCACUUAGUUUUAGAAACAGAUUUCACAAUCAAUCUAGCUCAAAAAAUAUAUAUUCAACAUGUCUUCAAAAAUUGUUUUUUUGUUUGUUUUUUCAUAAAUGGCCACAAGGUGGGACUAUUUCUACAGCAUUACAGCCACUGAACUGUACACCCCUGUCAUCAGUAGGCCUUUGUCUGAAAGCAAUAAUAAACUGAAUACAAUGUCCUUAUUGUUAUUAUUACCCACUAUAACUAUCAUUACCAAAAUACAAAGAAUGAUUCUUCU